AUGGCUUCUGUCAAUAAAUCGUAUCUAGAUCUCGUAGAUGCUUGCGAUAGUUUCCCAUACAGCGACGCCUCAGACCCAAAUCCAUACGCCCAAUUCUACGCCUUCUACCUCCCCUCUGACCCCCGCCCACACGGCUUCCUCCUCCCAGCAACCGUAGCUGCCAUGCCAUGGACAGACGAGUUUACUGUAGAUCAUGACCUCAAAACUAUCACUUUGAACGGCAGCCAAGACCUAUCUACUAUAGCCUUCACACACUUAAUCGACACCGCACUCUCCUGCAAUACAUUCAAACUCCUGCACGGCGAGCACAGUGAACCCUAUCCCAUCAUCGGCGCUCGAGGAAUUCCUGUUUCCCUCGAACGGUACGCAGCGCCGCUGUUUGGUCUUGUUUCGAGGGGUGCGCAUCUAACCGUGUAUACGUAUGCGCGUGGUGGUGGGGAUGGAGAAGGGGAGAAGGAAAUGAAGAUCUGGGUACCGAGGCGAUCGAAGCAUUUGUUUACGUAUCCGAAUUGUCUGGAUACGACGGUGGCCGGGGGCGUGACGGCGGGGGAGGGGCCGGGCGAAUGUGUGGUGAGGGAGGCGGGCGAGGAGGCGAGUUUGGAUGAGGGGUUUGUGAGGUCGAAUGCAAAGAGUGUAGGAGUUCUAAGCUACAUCAGCCAUCGCGACGCCCCGGGCGAUAGCGAGAAAGGCCUUUUCAGCCCAGAGCUAAUCUAUUGUUUCGACCUCGAAGUCGCGCCUGAUGUCGUCUGCAAGCAGUGCGAUGAUGAGGUUAAGGAGUUCUAUUUGAUGGGUGUGCAGGAGGUCAAGGACGCGUUGCGGAGGGGCGAGUUUAAGACGAAUAGCGCGUGUGUUAUGAUUGAUUUUUUUAUUAGACAUGGUUUGCUUACGGCGGAGGAGGAGAAGGAUUAUGCGGAGAUUGUGGCAAGAUUGCAUCGUAGAUUGCCGUUUCCUACUUCUCCUGAUCAGUGA